AUGCAAGGCCCUCGCCUUUACCACGUUUACUCUACAUUCUGGCAGAACGACUACAACAUCACUGCUGCCGACAAAAGACAUCUAUACCAUGUGGAUAACUCCCUGUGGACACCAAAGAAGCCGGACCUCACUGUCCACGCCGGCACAGACAACAAAGCCCCGAUCCACGCCGUCUGCAAAUACUCGCAUUUCUCGAGACAUGCCAAAUUCGGUCUGGGGGAUCCCAGCCAGCCCAACCAGGUCACUUGGGAAGACCUCACCUGUCAAUCUUGGACCCACGUCAGAUACCGCUGGCGAAUGCCGUUGAGGAACCACCCUGCAUCCGAACAUCACGCAUUCGUUUGGAAGCGGACUUCGAGUGUCGGCGUAACCAAUUCGUCGCCUUCGAUUUGGGCAUACGACAACUACAAGUUGGUCGAUGAGCAGUCAGAACAGGUCAUCGCGGUGUUCACCAGCAGCUCUCACAAGAGUGUCGAUAAAGACGGCAAGCUGGAGAUCUAUGUGGACUACGGUCAGGAAUUCGAUGUACUGGUUCUUAUCACUGUUAUAGCUUUGAUCGAGAAACACCGACGAGCGAAACAGAGCAGCGCAUCCAGUGGCGGUGGUGGCGGCGGUGGCGGCGGUGGCGGCGUCCCGUCACGGCUGCCUGGAUGCGACGAGGGUCGGCCAGUAUGCACAAAUUGCUCUAAACGCCAUACAGAAUGUGAAUACGAAAGCUCCAGCUCACUCCGCUGGACAAAUGAAGAGUCACGGCCCCGUCAAACAUCUACCAUAUCAACCCCUGAGGGAUCUCAACCAGAUCCUACGUUGACGGUAGCUAACUCGUUGGGAAUCGUGGGUAGGCUUGGCAAGCACGAUGUGCCGGUUUUAUCCGGCAGUCUCAAUCUCGCCGACCUGGAGCUGAUGAUGCAGUGGUGUAACUCAACGUACCAGGUUUUGGCUCGAAAUGAGAGCACUGGUCAUGUCUGGAAGUGCUUAGUCCCCGAGGAAGCAGUAUCGCAUCCAUUUCUCAUGCAUGGUAUUCUGUCUCUCUCUGCGCUCGAUCUGGCGCGGACACAAGACGACCAUCGCCGGCCGAUGUAUAGUGGCCUUGCGGUAGCGCAUCAGAAUCAGGCACUAGCGUUGUUCCGCGAGUUACUUGGCGAUAUAAACGACACGAAUGCAAAGGCAAUUUUCUCCUUUGCGAGCGUGGUCGUGCUCUACACUUUUGCAUUUCCACACGAACCAAACCUGAGCAAUCCGUUUGUUUGUAUCGAUGAUUUACUUCAAAUUAUUGUCUUGAUACGCGGUGUGCAGCAGGUUAUCAACACGGCUUCCUUAUCUCUAAGAGAAAGCAAUUUCAAAGCAUUGGCACGUACAGAGGACUACGAGCCCGUUUUAUCAAACGACGCCCGAUUAGCGCUGGAAGAGCUCCUUGAAGCCAAUAAUACCUGUGGCGCCCAGAACGAAACCCACGACACAGAAGUUUACGAAGACACCAUUGAAAAACUAACAGAGGCUAUAGGCCUGCUUAAUGUGGAUCACACCAUGACCAUUAUUGGCCGAUGGGCAAUCAAACUCCGGCCGAGAUAUGUGGAUAUGGUACGGGACCACGCGCCGCUGGCUUUGGUCAUUCUUACGUAUUACUGUGUGAUACUGGAUUCCAUGCGCCAUCGCUGGUCUCACGGCGACUGGAGCGUCAAGGUCUCCAGGGCAAUCUGGAUGGUGUUGGAUGAUACAUGGAGACCUUUGGUUCGGUGGCCGAUGACGGCUCUUUUUGGGCAGAGCUUUUCGAAUGAAACGUGA